CUGGGCGCGCCGCCGGCUCUCCGCAGGGCCUCACGGGAUUGGUAGUUCGAGGCGUCCUGUGAUGGUUUCCCUGCGGAGGUGAAGGGAGCGACUACAACUCCCAGAGGGCCACGCGACCGCAGCCGUAGGCACCUGAGUUCCCUGGGCGACCCUGGUCCUCCGGCGGAAGCUGGAGCCUCUGGCGGCCGCUGGCAACUAGAGUGGGCGGUGCGCCGCUUGAGACCUGCUGUCUGCGCAGUUGACUCUGACCGCCCCCACCUCUCCCUGCGUCGGGCUGCCAUGAAGGACUCGCUGGUGCUGCUGGGCCGUGUCCCGGCGCACCCGGACUCCCGCUGCUGGUUCCUGGCCUGGAACCCCGCGGGGACCCUGCUGGCCUCGUGCGGCGGCGACCGGAGAAUCCGCAUCUGGGGCACCGAGGGUGACAGCUGGAUCUGCAAGUCUGUCAUUUCUGAAGGCCACCAGCGCACCGUGCGGAAGGUGGCCUGGUCCCCCUGCGGUAAUUACCUGGCCUCUGCCAGCUUUGAUGCUACCACUUGCAUUUGGAAGAAGAACCAGGAUGACUUUGAGUGUGUAACCACUCUUGAGGGCCAUGAAAAUGAGGUCAAGUCAGUGGCUUGGGCCCCAUCUGGCAACCUCCUGGCCACUUGCAGCCGAGAUAAGAGUGUUUGGGUCUGGGAAGUUGAUGAAGAGGAUGAGUAUGAAUGUGUCAGUGUUCUCAACUCCCACACACAGGAUGUCAAGCAUGUGGUUUGGCACCCAAGUCAGGAGCUCUUAGCCUCUGCCAGCUAUGAUGACACAGUGAAGCUGUACCGGGAAGAAGAGGAUGACUGGGUAUGCUGUGCCACCCUUGAGGGCCAUGAAUCCACUGUGUGGAGCUUGGCCUUUGACCCCAGUGGCCAGCGCCUGGCAUCUUGCAGUGAUGACCGUACUGUGCGCAUCUGGCGCCAGUAUCUACCAGGCAACGAACAAGGGGUGGCAUGCAGUGGCUCUGACCCCAGUUGGAAAUGUGUCUGUACUUUGUCGGGCUUCCACUCAAGGACCAUUUAUGACAUUGCUUGGUGUCAGCUGACAGGGGCCCUGGCUACAGCUUGUGGGGAUGAUGCGAUCCGUGUGUUUGAGGAGGAUCCAAAUUCAGAUCCACAGCAGCCCACCUUCUCCCUGACAGCCCACUUGCAUCAGGCCCAUUCCCAAGAUGUCAACUGUGUGGCCUGGAACCCCAAGGAGCCAGGGCUGCUGGCCUCCUGCAGUGAUGAUGGGGAGGUGGCCUUCUGGAAGUAUCAGCUGCCUGAAGGCCUCUGAGCUACCUCGAUUUUGGACAGCAUAAUGACUCCCCAGAAAAUGUCAUGAGAUUUUGCCAGCCCCUGAGAGGACCAGGAGGAGCAUCCUUGACCUUCGUUUAACCUGGCUCACUUCUAUUUAGACUUGGGUGGAAGUAUGGAGCCACAGAACUGCUCUCCUUCCCCUCCUUUGACAUGAGGCCCUCAGUAAAGAGCUACAGAACAUCUGUACAUUGUUAUACCACCAAUUUUUCUUGCAUUAGGGUACAGUGUUAAAUUUUUUGGGGGUAAAUAUACUAUUUAUAAUCACUGUGUAUAGUAGGAGGGGGUAUAUAUCUCAGGCCUUUCUGAAGUUGUAAGACUUAAAUAAUCCAUCUUCAUCCCGAGCCCUAUUUUAUAAGCAUAUUCAUAAAAGAAUUCCAUGGUGAAUCCUUGUCUGAAAUAGGUCCUGCCUCUCCAGUUUCUGGGUAAAUCUUUGCAUUUAAGACAUCCAGUCAAUAUUGAAGGAAAUUUUUUUCUGAAUGUAGGUUCGAGUGAGGGGCAUCUCUGCUUUCCCUUAGAAACCCUCAUAUACAUCCUGCACUGUUAUGCUGUGAUGGCAACAGGAUAGAAAAAAAUGGAGAAAGACAGGAACCCUAAAAGGGAGAGUUAUUACUGGCCACAGGCCCUAUAUUCUCAACAGGGAUGCAAAUUGCUUCUUCAGUAGAGAUUAAAAAAAAAAAAAGUAGUUUGUGGUCCUCC